AUUACUAUUAUUAAGAUUUUUUAAUGAUACCUGUAUAUAUGCAUGCCUGUUUUUUUUUUAAAGAACACUUCAAUAAAGCUAAACAUAUUCUAGAUUAAGAUAAAAAAAAGGAAAGGGAAAUGAAGGCAUGAGGGUGAGGUCAUUUCCUCCUAUAGCCUUAUAUACAUUGAGAACUGCAACCAGACUUAUAGUUUCUCUCUUCUGCAAACACAUCCACAGGUACGAUGAUGCGUGUCUUGCUUCUGGCUCUGCUGCUCUCUCAGGUUUGCUGUGAUAUGAAUCUAGACGGCUACUGGAAAUCCUGGAAAACUGAAUUCAAUAAAAACUACAGCAGUGUGAGUGAGGAAGCAUACAGGAGAGCAGUUUGGGAGCAGAAUGUUUUUAAAGUGAUGAAGCACAAUGAAGAAGCUGCAGCAGGACAACACACCUUUACCAUUGGGAUCAAUCACCUUUCAGACAUGACAACAGAAGAAGUCAGUGCUAAACUGAAUGGUCUGAGGGUGGAGAAUUUUUCUCCUCAGGAUGCUAAUGAGAAUUUCACCUUUCUGAGUGAUUUCUCCCUCCCUCCCAGUGUGAACUGGACUGAUGAUGGAUUUGUCAGCCCUGUGCGGAACCAGGGUGAUUGCAACGCAUGCUGGGCGUUCAGUGCUGUUGGAGCUUUAGAAGCUCAAAUGAUGAAAAAGAAGAGUCCGCUUGUUCCUCUGAGUGUUCAGAACCUGAUAGACUGCAGUAGUAUGGAGGGAAACCAUGGCUGCCAUGGAGGACUCAUGACUAAUGCCUUUAAUUACAUUAUAAACCACAAUGGAAUCAGCACUGAUGCUGACUACCCUUAUGAAGAAAAGGUCGGGUUGUGCCGUAAGCGUCCUAAACCUGCACGCUGUUCUGGUUUCCGGGUUCUUAAACGUUUGAAUGAGUUUGAGCUGCAGAAGGUAGUGGCUAAGAUUGGACCAGUUGCAGUGGGAAUUAAUGCGAAUGAGGUCACAUUUCACCAUUACAGUAAAGGUAUUUAUAAUUUCAUUUGCCAUAAUAACACAUUGAAUCACGCUGUUCUGGUGGUCGGAUAUGGAAAAGAAGAAGGGCAGCAGUACUGGCUGGUCAAAAACAGUUGGGGUGCUGAUUGGGGAGAGGGGGGCUACAUACGAAUGCUGCGAAACAAGAAUCAGUGUGGAAUCGGCAGCUAUAGUGUUGUCCCCAUUGUCUGAACUCAUUUCUCACAUAUCACAUUUAAUUUUUUUUAAACUUUUCUUGCUAUUAUAGACUAAUUCAAAAUUGUUUUUUUGAUUUGUAUGUUAGCUUCUGGUGGUGGUGAGGGAAAAAGUAUUUCUGUUUUUGGAAUGAACAAAAUCCAGAGUUGCUUAUAUUGUAUUGUAUACGUUCAUGUAAUCCAUUCCCCAAAUUAUUGAAAAUAAAUUUUUUAAUGUUGCUGUAUCCUGAUUAAUUCCUCCACCGUGGCUCCUCUCAUCUGCUGGACCUGAAUCAUCCUGAGCUCUGUUCUCUGAUCUCUGUUCCUAACCCUACAGUCACACAAGAAAGUGACAAGUUGCUUAUGUCACUUGUAGUUUAUCUCUCUUAUGGUGUGUAGUGACCACUACUGUUGUUGCUUGUGGGUAACUAUAUAAAACUUCUAAUGCUAAGAAAUUAAUGGUCAAUUAACUUCUUGUCAGUCAAUUGUCCAAAUACCUUUGAGCCCCUGAAAAUGGAGGUACUUUGUUGAAAAUGGCUGUAAUUCCUAAAUGGUGAAUGCCAUAUUUUUUGUAGGACCUCUUAAAAUAAAGCUGAAAGUCUACACUUCGA